AUGGCUAUCACACCUUUCUAUCGUCAUCCGGACACGGUAGCUGCUCACCCUGAAAUCAUCUCCAAGAUCGCUCCUUUUUCUGCGUUGAUCAUAUCUGUCAUCCUUGUGAUCCUGUUUCUGGUGCGCUACUAUGUACUGGAAGCAUUCCUAAUCCGGCGCCUAUACGGCUCGACCUACACCAACUUGAGUGCGGUUAACCAGCGUGGAUUCAUCAACCAUCAUAUAGCUGGGGCAACAAAGAUUCUUAUCCUGUUUGUGGCCGCAUACCCGUUCGUCAAGGUCAUCAUCGGGAACUCGUCAUUUCACACACCCUAUCACCUUGGAUCCCAAGUGACCAUGGGGGGAUAUCUUCAUCGUGGCGGCGCAAAUGCUCGUUGGCAUACCGCUAUUGCGAUUAGCUUAGAGCCGCUCCGUGAGCCCGAUGCUGAUAUUGAAUUUAUGCUGUGUACCAUCUGGGGAGUGUUCGACAUCAUCUCUGAAUUUUUCCCGCAUGUAGCGAUCGUUCUUUAUCGGGUAUAUCCGCAGCGGCACCGCUUCCUGAGUCGGGUUUUCCUUUUAUCCUGUAUAACAACCGCGUUCGGCACGCUUUGCGAAACUGUUGUGAUAAUGUUUCUUUUUGGCUGCCUCUGGCAGCGUUGGCAGAUCGCAUUUAAAGUUAUCACCCCAAUGCUUCAUGCAGCCUUUUCUGCCGCUCAGAUACAUGGCAGUGUUGUGUUUUGGCGGAUGUAUAGGCGACAACGGCGGUUGCUCCUGGAAGAGGCUAACCAGCAUAAAGAGCUUGGGGAAACGAGUGAACGGGACGAGUCUGGAGACAGCACUAGGACGUUGAAUAUAACGGGAUGUAGAGUUGCUGAAGUAUGA